AUGAUUCUCCAUCUCCUUCUGGCCACUACAAGUAUUGCUCUAGCAGAUGAUCGCCCUCCAAACAUCUAUAGAUUUAUCUCAGAAAAUACAUAUAUUUGUCCGCCAGCUAUCAAAGAAGGUGGAGCCACCAUCCAAUUUCUGGAUGAAAAAGAGGGACUUGGAUGUGGGCUUUGCCCAAGGACGCUCCAAAAUCAAGUCCAAACCCAAGCAUGCGGCCUGAAAAUUGAUGGCAAUGUCCCGACAAUUUGCCUUGACGAGUAUCGCUUCCGGUAUCACCCGAUUACCUUCAAUUUACCGGAUAAUGGUGUGGGAAGCGGGAUCGAUGAUGAGAAUGAUGUUCUGCAAAGCUUGGAAGCGUCUACGGAAGUGACAACAGAGAACAUCAGUCGCUCUGAGGAUUUACCUCUAGCCAGUCUCGAAUUCUCCAAUGAAGCCCUGGAACGGACGUUUCAAUUAGAAUCCGGCCCGACUACUAGUACUUUGUCUGCAUCAUCACCGUUAGUUCAGCCGUCAUUAGGAAUUACUGGCAGCGAAGAAGUGUUUGAAAUUCCGAUCUCACCCACUACUCGCUCGUCCCUUCCUGACGAUCCCCCGGAUUAUGAGCUCGAUUUCCUGAAGACGGAAACGACUGCCUCGACUACUACUACUACGACAACGACAACAACCACUACCACCACGACUACUACAACUACAACCACUACGACACCAGAUCCAUGCGCGAAUCUCGACACGAAUUGUGAUUUCUGGGCCUCACUUGGUGAAUGUGAAAAGAAUCCAUUUUGGAUGCGACCCUACUGCCAGCGAUCUUGUAACAGCUGUGGCGAUCGGGUCGAUACAGUUUUCGCCUUGACGCCGAAGCCUGGCUGCUUCAACCUCAACGCCAAUUGCAGCUUCUGGGCGUGGGCCGGUGAAUGCGACAAGAACCCGAACUACAUGUUGCCCUUUUGCCCACUCAGCUGUCUGAUUUGC